AUUCCAAUCCAUUACAAGUCAUCUUCUUCUUCGUCCACUUUGCUGCUUUCUAAAUCUUCUAAAAAUAAACAUAUUUUCUAAAGAUAACAAUAACAGAGUCUUAAACGAGGCAAAAGAAAGACAAAACCCUCUGUUUCCCUGUUUCUCCGGAUUCUCUCCGAGGCUCCGUGCUUUCCCUUCUCCUCACGGAGAUGGAGAAACUUUCAUGAAAGCUUUGAGUAUUUUUUUAAAUAAUAAUAAUUCAAACCCAUGGCUGUUGAAGAAAUGGAGAAGAAGAUCAAAGGAAGCAAUGAAAGAACAGAGUCCGAGGAUCCAUCGCCGAGAUGCGUGCUUGAGAUCCCAGCAACGAGUUCUGAUUCCGACAACAGCAGCAGUUGCAGCUCGUGCUCGCCUGAUAAAUCGUCGUCGUCGCCGUUGUCCACGACCGCUACGAACGGCCGUCAAUGGAACAAGAUGAUAGAGUCGAUCAAGAAGAAAUCCAUAAGGAGAUUCUCUGUCAUCCCUCUCCUCGCUAGCUACGAGCUCACGCGCAAGAACAUGCGGCGGAAACAGCCGAAGUUGUCUCCUUCUCCGGAUAACGUAUUCGACUGCGACCAGUUCCUCGUCGCUAAACCCUCCUGGCGUAAUUUCACUUAUGAUGAGCUCGUCGCCGCCACCGACGGUUUUAAUUCGGAGAAUAUGAUUGGGAAAGGAGGACAUGCGGAGGUGUACAAAGGAGUUUUACCUGACGGAGAGAUCGUGGCGAUAAAGAGGCUUACGAGACACGCCAAUGAGGCAGAAGAGAGAGUCAGCGACUUCUUAUCUGAGCUCGGGAUGAUCGCACACGUUAACCACCCAAACGCCGCUAAGCUUCGCGGUUUCAGCUGCGAUCGCGGUUUGCAUUUUGUGCUUGAAUACGCUCCUCAUGGCAGCCUCGCUUCUCUACUCUUUGGCUCGUCUGAGGAGGAGUGUUUGGAUUGGAAGAAACGGUAUAGAGUUGCUUUGGGUGUAGCUGAUGGUUUGAGUUAUCUUCAUAAUGAUUGCCCUCGACGUAUUAUCCACCGUGACAUCAAAGCUUCCAACAUUUUACUUAGUCAAGACUAUGAAGCUCAGAUAUCUGAUUUUGGACUAGCUAAGUGGCUCCCAGAGAACUGGCCUCAUCACAUUGUUUUCCCUAUCGAAGGCACAUUCGGGUAUCUAGCACCAGAGUACUUUAUGCAUGGGAUUGUAGAUGAGAAGACGGAUGUGUUUGCAUUUGGAGUGUUGCUUUUGGAGAUCAUAACUGGUCGUCGAGCUGUUGAUACAGCAAGCAGGCAAAGUAUAGUUAUGUGGGCGAAACCGCUUCUGGAGAAAAGCAGCGUGGAGGAAAUAGUUGAUCCUAAGCUAGCGAAUGAGUUUGACGAAACAGAGAUGAAAAGAGUGAUGCAAACAGCUUCAAUGUGCAUACACCAUGUAGCCGCUAUGCGUCCUGACAUGAACCGGUUGGGGCAGCUACUGCUUGGAGGAGGAGAUGACCGGUUAGCUGAGACGCAACAGAUAUCAAGAAGAAAGAGUGUGGACGGGUGUGACCUACAAGAUCACACCUCUUCCUCGUACCUUAAUGAUCUCACUCGCCAUAGACAACUCUUGAUGGAGUGAAGUGAAGCAAUCUUAUCAAAUCAAUCAAAUACACACAAACAAGAAGGAAGAAACAACAAAAGAGAAAUGUUUCCCUUUCUUUCAUCUACUGCAUUGUAAAGAAAUGUAUCUUCAAAAGAGGGAAAGUGUUGUACGUAUAGUCUCAGCUUUUAUGGUUUCGUCUUUUAACAUGUGCUCGUCUCUCUUUUUCCAUUAGUAAACAACUAUAAAGAUGUGAGGAAGAUAUUCAUA